AUGGCCUAUUCUUCUCCACGCCACUCGCAAAACUUCUACCAGUAUGACGCAUCAACCCCUCCGCCACCUCCGCCCAAGCCAGGACGGUCAAGUGGGAACGCAACUCCAUCACAGGGACCUCCAUUACCCCCACCCCCACCAGGUCAAUCAUCGUAUUCGGCAGAUCAACAGGGCUCUUAUACACAGCAGCAGUACUCACAGACAGGUCCCGAACAACCGACGGUUCAACCGCCAGACGAUGGCUGGCUACCUGAGGUGCUCAAGGACAAACCGACCAAAGACCUGCAUCACAUACUUCAGAUGCCAGAACUUCAAAAUGCCAUAAUUCACAAUCCUGAGACAACACAUCCAUCAUUACCUGCAUCGAUUGCGCCUCUGCAAGCGCUUCUCGCACAGAAUGUAGGGUUGGCAGAGUCACUCAAACAGCUGGAAGCACAUGUCCAGCACCAGCGAGAUAGUACACAGUCACGUCUACUAGCACUUCGGGCUUUGGAGCGCCAGUGGAAAGCAAAGCAGGCCGAACAAGAUGAGGCACUGCGAGAGUUCAGUCCGCCAGCGCUCUAUCAGAGACUGAGUGCCUCGGUAGGCGAGCAAGAGGCGUUAUGUCGAGGACUAGAAGAAAGCUUCCUCGAAGGCGAAGGUUUCGGUGGUGGGGAUGCCGUGGCUAGCGACCGCGAAGUGACGGACUUUGUGAGGCGCUUAAGAGAGGGCCGAAAGAUCGCCUACCUUCGCGCAGAGCGCAAGGAGCGAUGGGAUGAAGGCCGCGUCGGCGGCUGGCGAUGA